CUUGAGAGGGCGCGUACGUCAAGUUUAUUUCAAAAGUCAGAAGUUUCAUAGCUGUGCUCUCAGAGCAAGAUUCUGAAGAAGAAAAAAAGAGAAACAGACGAGCAGCAAGACACUUGGAUAUGAACGCCAAAGGUUGCUUAACAUUGUGUAGUAGGACGGACAGAGAGUGAAGUGAAGUCAGAGGCUCCAUAUUAGAGAAUGUACUAAUAAAGAACAAUGAGUUGUGAUGUUUAACAAGUUGGAGUAAGCUCACAUGAAGGAAGGGAAGUCAAGGUUGGCACAAGGGACGACAAACCUCUAGAAUGUGUGGUUACUAUAGAUUCACAUUGAAUUCCCGUUUGUUGAAACAAACGUGCACGACGGUAGAGGCUGAAGACGUUCUAAAUCGACUUCAUAGUUGUAAAGUGUUCUCGAAAGUUGGCCUAAAAGAUGCUCAUCUUCAAGUCCCUUUAGAUCAAUCUUCAUCUAUUUUGACUACAAUUAACACUCCUUUUGGUCUGUUCAAAUACAAUUUCCUUCCAUUUGGUCUGAGUUGUUCUCCAGCCAUAUUUCAGGAAGUUAUGAAUAAGAUAGUUAGUGGUCUUGGAGGUGUUGAAGUUUAUCAAGAUGACCUCAUUGUUCAUGGUUCUAAUAAGGUAUUUCAUGACCAGAGACUUAUUGCUUUAUUGCGUCGUCUAAUUGAGAAGAAUAUUACAGUGAAUCCAAAUAAGUGUUCAUUUUGUGUAUCUAGUUUCGAAUGCCUUGGAUACCUAGUUGAUGGUAAUGGUUUUAGCCCAGAUAUGAAACGACUAGCUCCACUGACAAAUGCACCGUCUCCAAAAAUCCUACGGAAUUACGUCCACUAGUGGGCGCUCUUCAAUACUAUUCCCGUUUUAUUCCUAAUUUUUCUUGUCGUG